GAAGUGGCCACAUUUAUUAAUCCUGUUAAUACUACAUUAUCACUUUUUAAAUUGAGUGCCAUAGUACCUACUGUAUAGUUCAGUUUUAGUCAUUUUUGAAAGAUGUAGUAUGACUGCGUCUAAUCUACACUCAACAUCAAGUAAACCGCACCUUCCGCGACGCGCACUUUAAAGAUUUUCUUCUGACACAAUCAUGGUACCCCAACAAUAUUGGUGUUAUUUAAAAGCCCAAUAAAUAUCCUUAAAGAAAAACACAUUUCAUUUCUAAAUAAAUGAUUAACAUAUACCAUAAAUGUGACUUGAAAAUAGACCUCACUUUGGGCUCACCUCUGGGAUCAAUUAGACCAAUUUUUAUGGUUAUAAAACCAAAUAAUGAUAUCACGUAUCCUCUUUAACAGAUGGAUAGCAAUUAAUCCCAACUUAACAGUUUUAUAGUCAUAAAAAUGGCUCAAGCGUAACUACCUAUUUUUUGAAGAAGUGACUCUGGAUCCUUCUAAAGACACAUUUUUGGGGUAAAAACCUUUCCUUUAAUGAAAUGAAGUUUAGAACUAGGCUUUCAAAUUGUACCAAUGUUGGUGGGAAGUGGACGUUUGAUAAGUGCUUGUCGCGGAAGGUGCGAUUUAUUUGAUGCCGAGUGUAUAUUAGUAAAACGACCGUUACCAAUAGACUAUGAUUCACCUUGUGCAAAUGUGCGUCCCGAAGAUGAUACAGUAUCAACAAGUUUGCCUGCUAAUCAACGUAGUGUUUUGGUUACGCCGCCAGUGUGCUUAGAAAAGGAUAAAGAUACAGAAAUAAGGAUAUAUUUAAGUAGACAAGAUGGAUGUAAAGAAGGAUAUGCCGGUCUUCUUUGUGAUGUAUGCGCUGAUAACUACUUUGGAGACCCUAUUAAAAGAACCUGUGAAAAAUGCGAGUGUAAUGAUAAUACUGAUAUUACAAAACCUGGUAACUGUGAUCCUUAUACUGGUAAAUGUUUACAAUGCUUACACAUAAUACAGCAGGUGACCAUUGUAAAGUUUGUCAAGAAGGAUAUUACGGUAAUGCAGUCGAAAAAGCUUGUUAUAAGUGUAACUGCUCUGUUCUUGGAACAAACUUUACCAGAGGAAAUUGUGAUGGUAUCACAGGUCAAUGUCCAUUGUCCAUGUUUCAACAAUGUUAAAGGUGUAAAUUGUGAUCAAUGCACAGAUAAUCACUGGCGAAUAGCAGUGGGAACAGGGUGUGACCCUUGUGAAUGUGAUCCUAUAGGAUCUUUAUCACCUCAAUGUAAUCCCUAUAUUGGAAAAUGUGAUUGUAAACCUGGUCAUGGAGGAAGACAAUGCGAUCAGUGUCAGGAAAAUCACUGGGGUGACCCGAAUUUGGAAUGUCAUGAAUGUGAAUGUGACUUACGUGGAUCUAUAUCACAACAAUGUAUGAGAGAAAAUGGAUCAUGUAUAUGUAAGCCUGGUAUUGGCGGAUACAAUUGUGACUUAUGUGCUCGAGGUUACCUUGGAGAAGCUCCCGAUUGCUACGCCUGUGGAGAAUGUUUCGAUAACUGGGAUCGCCUUAUUAAUGAUUUACGUAUCCAAACUGAUUAUGCUAUCGGAAAUGCCAGCAAAAUAAAAGUCGUAGGUGCUACAGGUGCUUACACUAGAGAUUUUGAUGAAAUGACUAAGAAGUUAGCGGAAGUAGAAAACAUGCUUCAAAGCGCUAAAAUGGGGCAAACAACAGUUAAAGACCUUUUAUCAAAUAUCAGUAGCUUACAAGAUCAACUAACGUCAGUAGAACAUAAAGUUAAAGAUGCCAAUGAUAAUCUCAAUGACAUAACAUCAAAAAUCAAUUUAGGCAACGUCACAUUAGAUGGACUAAGAAACAACAUUCAAAACUUGAAAGGUAAGACCAUUGAACUUGGCAGCAAUGCAACGAAAUUGCAAGAGGCCAAUCUAGACGGCGCCCUAAACUUAACUAGAGAAGCAAAACAAAUAGCUGUCAAAGCAUCAGAUGAAGCAGAAGGAGUACAAACAAUAAUUGCUAAUACCGAUAGGCAAAUCAAAAAUACAGACAGGUUAAUUGAAUUGCAGUAUACAAACUUUAAUAAUACACAAAAUGAAAAUGAUAAAAAGCUAGAUGAUAUUCAGAGUCAACUAUCAGAUCUGGAAUCACAUUUGCCUAAGCUAAACGAAAAAAUGUGUGGUCAAGAAAGUGAUAGCUGUGACAUUUGUGGAGGCGCCGGUUGUAGAAAAUGCGGCGGAAUAUCUUGUGACCAAGGAGCUGUUACAAAAGCGGAACAAGCAUUAGAUUUUGCCAAUAAAACUGAACACAGAAUCAAAGAACAUGAAUUAACAGCAGAAGACCUAUUUAGAUCAGUUUCGCAAGUAAAACAAGAUGCCAUAGUGGUUCGUUCAAGAGCAAACGACUUAUUUAAUAGAGCUAACGAUUUCAAAUCAUCAGCUGAACGCAUAACCAAUGAAAGUUUAGAACUUACUUCCGAGUUAAAAGAGGUCUUAUCGAAUACAUCUAACACUCCGGCCGAUGUAAGGACUUUAGCGCAAGAUAUACUCAAAUUAUCUAUUAGCAUAGAAUCCAAAGAAAUUACUGAAUUAUCACAUCGAAUUAACUCUACUGUAUCGCAACUAACAAACAUAUAAAACAUCAUAAUUGAAACAAAGCCAGACUUAGAAAGAGCCAAAGCGUUAAAACUGAAUGCUACUGUGGUGAAUCAAUCGGCAAAUCUGACAUUAAAAAUGGCUAUUAAAGUUUUGGAGGCUUUGGAUGAAGCUCAAGCUGCACAAGAUGCUGCAGAAAAUGCAAUUAACAAAGCUAAGAGUGACAUUGAUGCAGCCAAAGCAGAUUUAGUUUCAAUAGCUAUGGAGACAGAGCAAGCACAAAAGAAAACGAAUGAAACAAAAGAUGAAGUUGAAGGCCUACGACUCCGUCUUUCAGGUUUACAGAAAGAUAUCCUAAAAAUAGAAAGUGAUGCAGAAUAAGUCAAGCAGGAGGCAAACGAUGUCGUUAAUAGAGCUGAAAUGGCCGAACAAAAGGCAAGACAGCUUAGACAAGACUUCAAACAGACUAACAUGUCCCUUGCAGAGCGCGCAAGUCAGACAUCAAAUUCUAGAGAGCGAGCGCAGCUUUUACUAAACCGUGCUACAAAACUCGCUAGCGAGACACAGUCGCAACUUAAAGUGCUAGCUAACAAGACAUGGAAGAGCUGUAUAACGAUCAUAACGCCCAACUUAACACUCUAGAAAAGGAAAUAGGGGAGCUUAACACUCUAAUGAAUUACUACCUUUCGGAAAUCACAAAGCGUUCUGAUCAUUAAUACUACAUUAUCAGUUUUUAAAUUGAGUGCCAUAGUACCUACUGUAUAGUUCAGUUUUAGUCAUUUUUGAAAGAUGUAGUAUGAUUGCGUCUAAUCUACACUCAACAUCAAAUAAACCGCACCUUCCGCGACGCGCACUUUAAAGAUUUUCUUCUGACACAAUCAUGGUACCCCAACAAUAUUGGUGUUAUUUAAAAGCCCAAUAAAUAUCCUUAAAGAAAAACACAUUAAAUAGACCUCACUUUGGGCUCACCUCUGGGAUCAAUUAGACCAAUUUUUAUGGUUAUAAAACCAAAUAAUGAUAUCACGUAUCCUCUUCAACAGAUGGAUAGCAAUUAAUCCCAACUUAACAGUUUUAUAGUCAUAAAAAAUGCCUCAAGCGUAACUACCUAUUUUUUGAAGAAGUGACUCUGGAUCCUUCUAAAGACACAUUUUUGGGGUAAAAACCUUUCCUUUAAUGAAAUGAAGUUUAGAACUAGGCUUUUAAAUGGUGCCAAUAUUGGUGGGAGGGAUGCAUACGUUUGAAAGUGCUUGUCGCGGAAGGUGCGAUUUAUUUGAUGUCGAGUGUAUAUUAUGUCCGAAUACUUAUGUAUAAUAAUGUAAUGUUAUGUAAUAUUUCAUUUUUUUUAAUAACUUAUGUAUAGCCCGACCAGGAACAUAAAAACCCCCGCCAAGUUGCGGAAAACUAAUGGUACUAAUUUCUCUUAAUGGCAACAGUAACUAAAAACUGCAUUGACAUGUCACCUUGCAUGUCAAUAAUUUAACUGUCUAUUGCUGUCAAAGUGUAAACAAACUUUAUUUUAAAUGUGUGCAAUUGAUUUUGUGAAUUAAAUUGCUAAAAACUUUUUAUAGCCGUGAAAGAAAAGUGGUUCACAAUGUGUUAAGGUCUUUGUCGAAGAGAAAUACUAAGGGUUCGGACAAUAUUUUCAUUGAAUAAUGUUUCCGACAAAGGUUGUCAAAUUGACUGACACAUUUAUCGUAUAGUACAGCCACUAUGAAAAUUAGCUGUGGUUUGUUUCAACUACCUAUUUUAAAGUUUUUUGUCACUUUGUAAGUGUUGAAUUUUAUGGAAUUGGGAAAGAGUACAGAGUUUGAAGCGUUCAUGAGCAAACAUUGUAGUUCUGAAUUUGAUUAUUGAUGAAUAAUAAAAUAAAUCCUACUAGCUCGA